UUUUUCUGAAAGAAAUGUGAUGCUCAGUUGCAGAUGCAAAUGAAAUUUCCAAAGGGAUUCUGGGGUUAUCUCUGCUACGUCCUCUUCGUUCCUGUUUUCGUCCUACUCUUCCUACUGGGUGUUGUCAAAUGUGCUAUAUUCAGUCCAUGGGUAUUUCUGGUGAUCGCAUUUGGGGACACAGGGGUUGUGAUAGGGCUAUUGCCCCUUCAUCUUGUUUGGAGUACCUACUGUGUUAUAAGAACAAGGAAAUUUGGUCCAUAUAUGAAAUGCCUCCUGAUUUUACUAGUUCCGGUAUCGGUAGCGUUGUGGAGUGUUGUCGGAGUUGUUGGAAGUGCUACUAUGGGCAUUGGGUAUGCCUUUGUUUGGCCUGUCAUGGAGACAUUCAGGGCGAUUAGCAAGGAAGGCGUUCCACUUCACCAGAAGUUAAUUAAUUGCUUAAGGGAUGGAACCUGGAGCUGUGUUUUGGGUGCAUGUACUGUUGUACGCGAUUUUGCAGAUUUUUCAUUCCACUCUUACUUCUCUGUUAUGGAUGGGCUGAUGGAGGCCAAGAGGGAGGAGCCUAUUGAACUCAAGGUUACACAGAUACCAGGAUGCAUUUUGGCAGCAAUCUUGGGGAUUCUGGUUGAUGUGCCAGUUAUUACUCUGAUUGUGUUUUAUAAAGCUCCUAUAUUACUCUUUAAAGGAUGGCAUCGGUUACUAGAAGAUCUUGUAGGGAGGGNGUGUUUUAUAAAGCUCCUAUAUUACUCUUUAAAGGAUGGCAUCGGUUCAAGCUUCCUUUAUGGAUGUUAUGCUGCCGUUGUUGCAUAUCAGGAAAGUUCUACAAAGAAAGGAUUACUGUAUGUAGUUGCCUCUGCAUCUCGGUUUGAUGAGUACACCAAUGAUUUACUCUACCUGCGUGAGGGUUCCUGCUUCCCCAGACCAAGAUACCGUGACCAGGUUGAUUCCAAUUCAUUGCUUCCUGUAGUGGGACUGUAUAACCAUCUGGAGAUUGUUAGUGGUGACGAACCUUUGAUAAGCACACCUUCUGCAAAAAUGAAGUCUCUGACAGCUGUAGUGAUAUGGGAUGCUUUUAUCAAAACAUGUGAGGAUAUUGGCAAAGAGCUUCUUAAAGCGGGUGCCAUCAGAUUUGCAGAUAUUGAUGCAUGGAAACAGUCGAAGAAUAAGAUAAUUAACAUUGGAAUUCCUGCUUGUGCAUUUCUUGAGUGCUUUCUUUGUUCUAUCAAGAGUGGUUCCCCUGGAUUCAUCCUGUGUGAUAAUAUUGAAAUUACCAGUGUUAAUAGACCAGAGGGAAGAGCUUUUGAAUGGCUUUAUGACCCCAUGUGUAUCAUGAAGGAGCAAAUUAGGAGUCUGGAUUUACAGGAAACUGAAGAGUUGUAUUUCCAUAAGCUCUGUCUGUACAGUGGUGAUACAAGAAGAAUUGAAUCUUGGCAGAAUGGUGGCAUUCCUCCUCGAGAUGAGAUUAGAAGAGCUCAGUUAGAGGGUAUGAGUAGAAGAAUGUGACUAGGUUACAGGGCUUUUGUUUGAUGCUCUCAAGGCUGCCAACAUCCCGACGAAGGUUCUAUGAAGUAGUAAAAGUUAUGGAGCAUCUAGCAAAGAAUAGUGAAGAGCCAGGGGUGGAACUGAUAGUAUAGAAGCAUUCCUCUAGGUUCUCUCUUUCCCUCUCGCUAGAUGCUGCUGCUGUGUUGGGUUGAUUUUUGCUUCGUUUGAUAGCAAAAAUGUGGCGUUCUAAUUGUAUGUUUUAGCUUACUACUUUUAGUUGCCAAUUAUUUUCUUUGGUUGUAUUCACCCCUGUGGAUUUUAUAAAUAAUAGUGUAGCAAGAAUUUUUAUUUUUUUUGUUUGGGUUCUGAAUUUAGUCUUUAAUUUUGUGGAUGAG